AUGUCUGGCCCGGCACCGCCCGCGCCAGGGUCGGCCUGCCCGAGUCUGCCAUGGAGGCUCGCCUCGGUGGCCGUCAUUGGGACCGUCGGAGCCCUCUCCAGGGGCUUCCUCUACGGCCUCAAUCACGUCGAGGUCACCGGGCUCGACCACCUCACAGGUGUCCUCGACCAGCGACGGACCCAAGGUCGAGAGUGUGGCCUGCUGACUGUAUGCAAUCACGUUGGCGUGUAA